AUGGCUAAUGCCAAUGUCGCUCCCUUACAGGGCAUUGCAGCCCUCCCACCGACAACAGUGCGUCAACUUGGGUCGACCAAUGUCCUCCGUGACCCCAGUUCAGUCGUCAAAGAACUCAUCGAUAACGCUCUCGAUGCUCGUACAAAUGCCAUUUUCGUAGACAUCUCCGCGAACACACUCGACUCCAUUCAGGUCAAAGAUACUGGCCACGGCAUCUCAGCUGAAGAUCGCCCAUUGGUUUGCCGCAGGUAUUGCACCAGCAAGAUUCGCGACUUCCAUGAUCUUGAAGAAAUCGGUGGCAAAUGGCUCGGCUUUCGUGGUGAGGCUCUGGCGAGUAUGGCUGAGAUGAGCGGCACGCUGGAAGUCACCACCAGGGUUGAGGGUGAGCCGGUGGCGGCGAGGCUGAAGUACGGAAAGGAUGGCGAAUUGACCUCGACCGAGCAUGCAUCUGCACCAGUUGGAACAACGGUGAAGGUUACCAACUUUCUGCAAACCCUCCCAGUGCGAAAGGAAACAGCGCUCAAAGAAUCCUCAAAGACGCUUGCCAAGAUCAAGCGCCUUAUACAGUCCUACGCUUUCGCAAGGCCAUCUGUUCGUUUUAGCCUACGCGUGCUCAAAGCAAAGUCGAGCAAGGGCGACUUCGCGUACGUCCCGAAGAAAGGUGGUAACGUUGAGGACGCUGUGUUGAAGAUCAUCGGCAAGGAUUGCGCCCUGCAAUGCGACUGGACGGCCAUAGAGUCUGACGGCUUCGAGAUCCAUGCCUUCCUGCCCAAGCCCGACGCAACUGGUGCCAAGAUUGCCAACGUUGGUUCGUUCCUGUCCGUGGAUAGAAGACCUAUGUCGACCAGCCGAGGCACUCCGAAGAAGAUCACUGCGGUUUUCAAAGAGCGAAUUCGCAAAGCCAAUGCCAAUUGCAGUUCGGUGAAAGAUCCUUUCCUCUGUAUGAACAUCCUGUGUCCGCCCGGAAGCUAUGAUUCGAACAUCGAGCCUGCCAAAGAUGAUGUUCUUUUCGAGAGGGAGGAUGUCAUUAUAAAUGUUGUAACCGAGCUCUUCGUGGCCUACUAUCCUGAGGCAGUCGUUAUCAGCGACGUAAAUGAUCAUAGGCCGCCAGUUUCUGCGCAACAAACGAUCCUUACAAAUGCCGGAAGCAUGGUCAGUCGUCCCGAUACUGCCUUCUCGAUCCUCGAAGAAGCGACGGCAGUUCACUCAAAGCUUCCCGAAACUGCCUUCUCAAUCCUUGAGGAGGCUGCUCCAAAUGAGGUGUCUGGUCCAAACAGAGGCGUCCACACUACUGUCGGUUCUCCAACGCGCUGGCGAUCAACAAUGUACGGCAUCGAUGAAGAGGAUCUGGAGCUACUUGACUCUGAAGAUCAGCCUCCAGUGAUCGAGGAAGAAGAGGACGGACGACGAGCCGCGAAUAUCUCAAAUCCCUGGGCAAUUGCUCGUAUGAACGCUUCUGUCAAGCCGAAACAGCUGACACGCAAUGCUCAGCUCAUGACUCCAGCCAAGGGUUCGGGAGAUAUAACGAUAGGUUCUAGCUCACCUGUCCCAGCAACUAACACGCGUCAGAGGCUACCAUUGGAGCCACUGACGCCCAAGACCUCAUCGAGAUUGAAUGUGACACAACCAUCGCGAGAUGCGGUCGUUCAACAAAGCAUUGAACGAGGAUCGCAAAACUCUGGACAGGCCUUCCUGGUACCCGAACAGGAAAACGUGGUCACUGGAAGACUCUCUGUUACCCGCAAGGCCAGAGCGACCAUUGUUCAUGACUUGAGCCCCUCAUCAUCGCCAGUUCCGCAUCGUACUGGGAGGUACCAGAAGCCUCCCAAAGAUCAACAGUCGCUACAUGCCUUCGAAGGCCGUCCUGGGGGUAACGACUGGUUUGGCAAACCUAUGCGCGGCCAACCUCCGUCCAGAUCAUCCCGUCCUCAAAAACAGAAGCGGGUUCAGAACCUAGAUACACCGGCGUUCGACCCCGACAGCCCAUCGCACCCGUUGACUUCCAAAAACAACUUUGACAUCCGUGACUUCCUUGGACGAGACAGGUCUCAACUUCAAGGGAGCAAUUCAUUUGAGCCGACACCAGGUGCAUCGUCUUUCACACCCAUCAAUCGUCCUUUCAUACCACCCAGGAUCCUUGACGUCGAACAGAACAUGCAGCAUCAAGGAUCACGGUCAACAACACGUGGUCCCAAGUUUCGAGCCUCAUCCACUGAACCACCGCGGCGCCCGCGACAUAGUAGGAAACAACUGCCAUACAACUCAGACGGCUCCGAACCCAACUUCAUAGGCCAACUACCUGCCUACGCCGAAGGAGAAGAUCUAAUCGCACGAGCUAGAGCAUCAUCUUUAAACUCGAACAGCAUGCCUAUCACAGCUCACGCGGCAGCCCGUCCUUCGUCACCAGUAGAACAGCCUCGUCUUUCGACCGCGCGUCCAGCAACAUCCGCCCAAGAGAUGGCCGCCAUGUUCGCAGCAUACAGCGACCUUCCUGAUGCCUCUGCAAGGAAUUCCCAUGCUACUAGAGCCCCACCUACUCCACCUGUGCCCGAAGCAUCAGCCAAAGCCCGUCCACAACGCCGCCGCGGCACAACCGACGGCCUCCAACGCACAAAGUCCUCACACCUCCCACUCGAGCGCGUGCCCUACGAGUACCGCAUACACAACGUUGUUCUCCAGAUAUACGUUCCUACCACACGCAUCAUUAAGGUCAUGCUCAAGCUCGACAUGCAGAGGGACAGUGUAGAAUGGGGAUGCCCCGCCGAUGCAUCUGCUUACGACGCCUUCUGCACGGCAGUGACAGUUGGUAGGUUGAAGGCGUGGGUCCUGCGGAUUGAUGGCAUGCUUGAGGGAUUCGACACAGUAAUAGAUAGGGAAGGUGCACUGGGGACGCUUGAGUGUAGUAUUAGAAAGGCACUGGGGAAGGAGAGUAAUGGCCGUGAGGUUGAGCAUGGGCGAAUUGGAGGAGCUGCAUCAAGUGUUGAGGAGUGUAUCGACAGCCUGGCUCAGGACCACUGUGCGCUUCCGACAUGGGAAUCGUCCGCAGGACUCCUACAACGCACUUCUCCAGCCCUCGCUGAUCCGCAGACUAAGACUACUGCGUGUCUUGUUCAAGGAUCUGGUGACGAGUUCGGGGGUGCGGAUCUCGAUGACGAGGCGAUGCUUAUGGAUUUCUAA